AUGGAUCCCGAUCCAGCGUUUAGCGACAUGGCGGAUGGGCCGAUCAGCUCCCAGCCCCUGUCCGAUCAUCUGGACUCACACUCCACGACCUCGACUCGCGACUCUGUCUCCUCCUUUACCAGCACCCCUGCUCGUUCCCUCAGCGCCCCCAAGAAAACCAUCACCCCGAUUCCCGCAAAUCUACUACCUUCAGCGCCCGCUUCUCCUCCAACUCCCGCGCCCAGUCCUACUCCCCACCAGCGUCCACCGAACUGGCUUUCCAGUGAUGAGGAGGAGAAUGCCUUCCUAUUGAAUCUGCGCAUCCAUUUCAGCACCUUGUCCAACGCCCGGAAGCAGAAACUCCUCGAGGGUAUCUUGGAUGUAUGUGAUAGCCAGCAGCUGAGCUUCGUCUCAAGCUACGUGGGACCUAGGUUACGAAAGGAUCCAUUUCAGGUGUUUCCGAAUGAGUUGUGCUUGAGGGUCCUAUCGUUUAUCGACGAUCCAAAAACACUCGCCCGAGCAUCGCAAGUAUCCCGACGCUGGCGCGAACUACUCAACGAUGACAUAACGUGGAAGAACCUCUGCGAGAAACAUGCAUACUCGGUGCGCCGCAUUUCGGAAGAGGAUGACUUGGACUCGUUCACCGCUCGUUCCGUUGAACCGACCUCGGACUCGCGCGCUAUGGCCAGUCUCCGACGGUUAACAGCAUCAACCGACCACUCCACCGUUGAAACUGCCCCUGGAUUACCCCGCACGUUGUCGGGCGAGUGGUUGCCUCCGACCAGCUUCCAAUCGCGGCGGCGCCCAACCCGACCCGUGUCGUAUCGAUCUCAGUUUAAGCAGAAGUACAUGGUGGAAUCAGCUUGGAAUAAAGGUGGCAGGUGCACGCAGCGACACAUUACCCCUGACCAGGGCGUAGUAACGAGUCUGCACCUCACCUCGAAAUAUAUCGUCGUCGCCCUAGACAACGCCAAGAUUCAUGUCUACGAUACCAAUGGGGACAACCAAAAAACGCUCCAGGGCCACGUGAUGGGAGUCUGGGCCAUGGUUCCUUGGGACGACGUUUUGGUCAGCGGAGGAUGUGAUCGAGAGGUGCGGGUGUGGAACAUGGCGACUGGGGCGGGAAUACAUCUGUUGCGUGGCCAUACGUCAACAGUACGAUGUCUCAAAAUGUCCGAUCGGAAUACUGCUAUCUCGGGUUCUAGAGACACGACCCUCCGUAUAUGGGAUCUAGUCACGGGGACGUGUCGCAAUGUCCUCGUCGGGCAUCAGGCCAGUGUGCGCUGUCUCGCGAUUCAUGACGAUCUGGUUGUAUCCGGCAGCUAUGACACGACGGCCCGGAUAUGGAGCAUAUCCCAAGGUCGCUGUGUACGGACGCUGUCCGGACAUUUCAGCCAGAUCUACGCGAUUGCCUUCGAUGGGCGGCGUAUCGCAACGGGAAGCUUGGACACGAGCGUCCGGAUCUGGGACCCACAUUCCGGACAGUGCCACGCCAUCCUGCAAGGGCAUACGUCCUUGGUUGGACAAUUGCAGAUGCGUGGCGAUACGUUGGUUACCGGUGGCUCGGAUGGUUCUGUCCGGGUCUGGUCGUUGACCAAGAUGGCCCCGAUCCACCGGUUGGCGGCUCAUGAUAAUAGCGUGACCAGUCUUCAGUUUGAUAAUACUAGGAUUGUGAGUGGCGGCAGCGAUGGUCGGGUUAAGGUGUGGAACUUGCAAACCGGCCAGCUGCUGCGGGAGUUGUCGAGUCCGGCCGAGGCGGUUUGGAGGGUUGCCUUUGAGGAGGAGAAGGCUGUCAUUAUGGCGAGUCGGUCUGGUCGAACGGUCAUGGAGGUUUGGUCAUUCUCUCCACCACCAGAUGAUGCCGACGACGCUGUGGCUAUCGAGAGUGCCUCUAGUACACCAGGUAUUAGCUCGGCAGCCGACAGCGAGCUCAUCAUGAAUUCUCGUCCCCGCACUCUAUUCUCCGAUCCUCCACCGACAAUACCUUCCGUCAGCGACAGUGACCAGCCCAUGCCCGAUGCCCCAUCUUGA